CUGCCCCAUAUAUAUAUCCCUGUGGGCCAAAAGGCCGAACGUGAUGAAGAUCGCUGGGGAAUAGCCUGCAGUUCUCUAUCUCGGGUGACCAGCGACGGCGUCAAAACCUGUGCGCGUACGCGUGGCAACUAUCCUGGCAUCCCGGUGCACAGAUGGCUCCUAUCCCCUUAUUAGAACCGUAGGCGACCCAGGUUCUAGGAGCGAUUAACCUGGACAGAGCCACUGUUGCUCGCCUUGUCCUCGGACCGGAAUAUUGGUUCAAGAUGGGGAACCUGCUCGGCAAGGAAAAGAUUAAGACGCCGAUGACCAUACCGUCAGAUACGGUCAUCCCACUGCACUUUUACGACGAUACCCCGGUCAACAGAUCCGUCAUCGUCGAGUUUACUAUGCGAUUCGAUGAUGUCCUAGACGCUGAUAAGCUGCGCACAUCGCUAGAGAAGCUCCUUAGCCGACGUGACUGGCGCAAGCUCGGCGCGCGGUUGAGGCUCAACAGUAACGGCAAACUCGAAUACCACGUCCCGGAAGCCUUCAGUGAGAAUCGACCGGCAUUUGCUUACUCACACUCGACGCACGAUGUCGGCAUCGCGAGUCAUCCUCUUGCUAGCCGCCUACCCCGACCGACAGCGAAACCGACGGUCCUAGACGAUCCGAGCGAAUUCGGGCCUCUGUUGCGCCGCUGGGGUGCACCUCAGACGAUCCUCGACUAUCUGACCACGGACGCGCCGCAGCUGAGCCUGCACAUCGUGUCCUUUACUGACGCCACGAUCGUCACCCUGUCGUGGCCGCAUACUUUGCUCGACGCUAUCGGCCGCAAGGAGCUCUUAGCUGCCUGGACUGCCACGCUCGAGGGGAGGGAGGACGAUGUGAAGCCUCUCCACGGUGUCUAUCGUGACCCGCUCGAGAGCCUCGGCGCGAAUCCAAAGGAACCAUACGUGCUAGCCCAUCGCCAUCUGUCGCCCGUUCAAUCCCUGCUAUUCGUGCUCUCGUACAUAUGGGCCACCAUCUUCUGGUGGGGUGGCGAGGAGACGCGCAUGGUGUGCGUGCCAGCACGGCAUGCGAAUAUCCUAUUCGAAAGCGCGCGCGAUGAUCUCUCCGCCCCAGCCGCCCAGUGCGCAAAUGACGACAAGAAAUUGCGGCCGUUCAUCAGUGAGGGUGACAUACUCUCAGGCUGGAUCACCCGGCUCGCUCUGGUGCACCUGCGGCACGUGGACCAGACGGUGUCGAUCAUGAACGCGUUCGGGCUGCGCUCGGCACUCGCUAAGGACCUCCUCCCACCCACAAGCGCAUACGUAGGGAAUGCCGUGGGUAGCGUCUACGCCUUCCUGUCGAUGCGAGACCUGUUCGCGCAGCCACUCGGCUACACGGCGGCGGUGGUGCGGCGGUCUAUCUCCGAGCAGGGCACGCGAGACCAGGUCGAGGCCCACGCUGCCAUAGAGAGGGCGGCGCUACGGCAAGGCCGCGCCCCGGUGUUCGGCAACACCAAGAUGACGCCCGUCAUGAUCUCCAACUGGAGCAAGGCCAAGUUCUUCGAGACGGACUUCUCGGCGGCGCUGGUGGCCCGUCCCGGUUCGGCUUCCGACGGCGAUAACAAUAACAACGGCGGCGGCGACGAUGAUGCUACCACGCCCCGCCCCCCCGAGUACCGACCCGGGCGGCCAACGUACAUCCAGCCCAACGGCCUCGUCAACCGCCAGCUGCCCACGCGCAACUCGUUUCCUAUCGUCGGUAAGGAUGCCGCCGGGAAUUAUUGGUUUUCCGGCACGCUGCAGCACGGGCUCUGGGGCCAGGUUCAGGAGGCACUCGACGCCGAAUACCGAUACUUUUCCCAGCACGACGAGAACGUCCGAAGGCUACAGGCUGAGAAGGCGAAGGGGUUCUGACGAGUCGGUUUCGGGGGUCGCGAGUAUGGAUCGAUAACCCCUAUUCUAAGAGUGAGUAGGGGACUUACUUCUGAGUCAAUGUCUGGAUUGCGUUCGUAAAUAUACCUAUCUAUCUUCCCAUGCCAUCAUGUGCAGAACGUUGGCUUCGUCUAUAACGACACUUCUCCUGGUGCAGUCUUUCAUUAGACGGAUAUAAGAUUUAUUAUGUAACGAACUCAGCAUAGGCGCCAGCAUCGUUUGGGUGAUAUUUCGUAUGGUCACCCACACCAGUCUACACGCGGAUC